CAGCCACUAAACUUAUGUAAUAUCGUUCGUCAUAUAUGUACUUAUUUCGCUUGUCCCUAGGCAUUUUUUUAACGAAAGAUUAUUUUUAAAGACUGGGCCAUCAUUCGUUUAACUCUUUGGUAAUUUUAAAAAGGGUAAAACUUACCAAAUUAGAAAUAAGAAAUUUCCUUUCACCCUUGGCACCCUGAAUUUAACAACACUUACUAUUAAGCUCAGAAGUCUCGUUCUUACUAGUAAACAAAAAAGUUUCGAACAAUGUGGACUUACUGUCCAACCUUCCUCCAUAUUGAAAGGUUGGAUGGAUCUGGCUAACGAAAUAGAAUUAGCGAGACGGAAUACAACACAAAGUCCAUUUUUGGUAUACAUUGCUAGCUACAUUUAUAGGCAUAAAGGCAUGAUUAUCUCGCGAAAUGCUUUUUUUUGAUAGAGUGAGAUUACCUCUGUGUCACGUUUGUCACUGUCAUGGGAAAAUACACUGUAUAGUAAUAGGAGGACGGGUAUCCAAUUAUGACACUGUUACUGAUAUAGUGAUACAUACGAUAAUGUCUAAUACUACUUUUUACCUUGGCGUUUUUCUUUCUUCCUCAUAUCAACCAAACCUGCAUUGAAAGACCAACAAGAAGCCUUCCUUGUUUCAAGUCUGCCAAUUUCAACCAAAAGGGAACGCUAGCAUUGAUCAAUAAGUAGGAGAGCGUCAUAGUAACUUAUCAGACUUUAUCGUUCAUUUAUUCUCUCUCUUUCUACUACUAUUUUAAAGGUGUCGUAUAGCGUAACAAAAAAACCUACUGUUUGGAAUUAAUAACUUUGCAAAAUGAUUGCUCCAGAGAAGAAGUUUUUUGAUCUAACAAGGGUCACAGGACAUAUUCCUGAAAAGGAUGUUGAGACAAUAUUCGACAAACUCAAACCAGUCUCACCGUCGUUCAUGAUUGGUGAGUGGACUGGUGGAGACUUUGACACCGGCCAUAUUGGCCAUAAAUACCUUACAGAUAUGCGCUGGGCUGGCAAAGCAUUUCGGUCUCUUGAUGAUGGUGACCCUAUUCUUAUUUAUAAUGACAAGGGUCAACGGGUGUGGAACAAGGACUGGGGUCAUGCCUCUCUACGGGAAAUGGUAUUUCGCAAUGUGACCUCAACAUCAAUGAUUUAUGACGAGAAGCCAAUUUUUGACCAUUUUCGUUUUAUAACAGACGACAUGGUUGCUGGAGCAAUGGAAUCACCUAAAAUGUUUGGUACGGAAAGUACUUAUUAUUUUUAUUUAACUCGCUUGAAAUAAAAGAAAGGCCAAUGCGACGGUGUGGCCACAACCAUUUAAAGUAUCCCUGUUAAUUGUCCCUACCUUUGCUUUUCUUUGAUUGAUUUCAGAAAUUUCUUUUCCAAGUCUUGCAGGAAGUGUUGUUAAAAUCUUCUCUAUCUUUACUCCGUAGUUUUUGUAACCGUAAUUCACGCAAAUGUGGAUAAUCAACUACGACCUUUACUGCAGUUCUUGUCUCUCCAACCUCACUCGUGCAAUGCUUGCUGAAUCUAUUCAAAAUUGUGUGUGUGUAUCACCAACCAGGAUUGGCCAGUGCGAAGCUAAGCAAGGAGGUAUGCUCGGUUACCCUCUACUACCAAGUCAUUGAAAGAUCCAAGCGUUAACAUAUGAAACUUUUUUAAGGCAAUCUAUAUUUUCAAUAAAGCUUUCAUAAGAAUUGUAUUCUACAAAAUAUACCUAGGCGACGACAACACAGUUCCCGUCCGACCACUUGUAGUUAAGUGAAAACGUCUAAAUGCCACGAUAGAUAGGUGUUUUGUUUUAAUUAUCAUAACUAUCACGAUAAGAGAAUCUUUAUAGAGCGGAAAUAAUAAGCAUGGUGUAAACUUUUGUUAUCAAAACUGAAC